UAAACAAAAGCCUGUGAGGACUUGUGCCUCCCUGCUCACAGAUGGAAGACUCCAAGGAAAAAAUCAUCCUGAAUGUUGGGGGAGUCAGAUAUGAAACAUACAGCAGCACUCUCCGUGCCUUCCCAGGGACCAAGCUGUGCAGCCUCACAGACCCCCAUGCCCCAAGCAUCUAUGACUAUAAUCCCACCACCAAAGAAUUCUUUUUUGAUAGGAGUGGCGAGAUCUUCAGCUAUGUGUUGAAUUACUAUAGGACCAAGCAUCUCCACUGCCCCAUACAUAUCUGUAGGUCAGUUUUAGAAGAAGAGCUGGCAUUCUGGGAAAUAAAUGAGACACAGCUAGCAUCCUGCUGCUGGCUAAAGUUGAAUAACAAGAAGGUGCCACCAGACGAAUUACACAUUUUGGAUGAAAAUGAUCAGGCCGAUGACCAGCACCUCAUAGUCCAAACAGAAAGAAUGGAUUGCAGAUGGAGAACCAGGUGGCAGCCAAAAAUCUGGUCUCUCUUUGAAAAACCCUUUUCCUCUUUCAGUGCUAAGUGUCUGGCCGUUGUUUCUCUGCUGUUCAUCAUUGGAAUUGUCAUCAUAUUCUGUGAGGAGACCAAGGCACAAUUUGACUUCUUCACUGCUAACUUCACCUUUAUUGGCCGUUCUGGAGUUGCCCACAACUACCAUGAAUCCCAUUACCACCAGGCUGCCUCUUUGCUUCAUCUGGAGCUUUUCUGUGUCCUUUGGUUUACUUUUGAGUUUUCUGUGCGAUUUUGUGUCUGCCCCGACAAAAAGAAAUUCUUCCAGAAUCCCUUGAACAUGGUUGACUUUCUGUCACUUUUUCCAGUUUAUAUUGAACUCUUUUUGGUUGGGCAGAUUCAGAAAAUGCCAAGUUUAGGGCUUUGGCUGGGCUUUAUUCGUGUUGUCUAUCUCCUCAAACUCUUGAAGUUAUCCAAGCUGAUAGAAACCCCGCUUACUCUUAGAGUUCUGUCCUAUACACUCAAGUCUAUCCUCCGUGAGAUCUGCAUCCUAUUGAUGAUUUUAGCCUUUGAAACCCUUUUCUUUGGUGCUCUGUUUUUUUAUGGGGAGUUGCUUUGUAGCAAUCCUUCCCUCACUGGGGAGCUGCACUUCACUGACAUUUUUGUCUGCUUCUGGUGGGCUCUGAUCACACUCACUACAGUGGGCUAUGGAGAUAUCAUUCCUCUCACUACUGUUGGCCAAGUGAUAGCGGCCUUAGCUGCAGUAUUCGGUAUGUUAACUAUUAUCAUACCAAUCCCCAUUUUCCUGGUGAAAUUUAAAAGCUACUAUGCUGUUGCUGUCUUCAAACAGAAGCUGAAAAGUUGA